AUGGUUAGAAAACUAAAGCAUCAUGAACAGAAACUUUUGAAGAAGGUAGACUUCCUUGAGUGGAAGCAGGACCAAGGUCAUCGUGACACUCAGGUUAUGAGAACAUAUCAUAUUCAAAAUCGUGAAGAUUAUCAUAAAUAUAACAGAAUAUGCGGUGACAUUCGUCGUCUCGCCAACAAAUUAUCAUUGCUACCUCCCACUGAUCCGUUUCGUCGCAAGCACGAGCAGUUACUACUAGACAAGCUAUAUGCCAUGGGUGUCAUGACAACAAAAUCCAAGAUAUCUGAUCUGGAAAAUAAAGUUACUGUUAGUGCCAUAUGUAGGAGACGAUUACCUGUGAUAAUGCACCGAUUAAAAAUGGCAGAAACUAUACAGGACGCAGUUAAGUUCAUCGAACAAGGUCAUGUUCGUGUAGGUCCAAACUUGAUCAACGAUCCGGCCUAUCUCGUAACAAGAAAUAUGGAGGACUACGUCACUUGGGUUGAUAACUCUAAAAUAAAGAAAACAUUGCUGAGAUACAGAAACAAAAUUGAUGAUUUUGACUUUUCAUAG